UGAGGAAGCAGAUUUGCCACCUCUCAGCACUGUAUGUUCUCCUUUCAGCCUCUUUCUCUCUGUCUUUCCUCAUUGCUUGUUCCUCCACUCCAUCAGCUCUUUUUUUAAUGGUUUUAGUGGAGUGAAUGAGUAAAAAAGCACGCUCUGUGGCGCAACAAUUAGCUCCAAACAUUUGUCUUUCACUUGCUCAUCUCAUUUGUCCAGCUCUCUACUGUCAAACGUGCUGCACAUUUUCCAGUUAAGGAAGGACCGGGAGGUUUUACUGAGGCCUGUUGUUAAAAGAGACUAUUAACGUGAAGGUGAACAACUUUUAAGCUCUUCUCAGAAACCUAGCGGCGAAAGGAAAAGGAAAAUCUGUCUCCACUGUAAGUGCCCUCGUGAGGAGCAUGUUGUGACUGCCAUGCCUCUGGAGAUGGAGAAGACGGUGACCAAACUGAUGUACGACUUCCAGAGGAACUCUACAUCUGACGAUGACUCUGGCUGUGCUCUUGAGGAGUAUGCUUGGGUGCCACCCGGACUCAAACCUGAACAGGUCCAUCAGUAUUACAGCUCUUUGCCGGAAGAUAAAGUACCAUACGUGAACAGUCCUGGAGAGAAGUAUCGCAUCAAACAGCUCCUGCAUCAGCUUCCACCCCAUGACAAUGAGGUGAGAUACUGCAACAGUCUGGAUGAUGAGGAGAAACGAGAGCUCAAGCUCUUCAGCAACCAGAGGAAGAGGGAGAACCUGGGCAGAGGAAACGUCAGACCCUUCCCCGUGACAAUGACCGGAGCCAUCUGUGAACAGUGUGGAGGACAGAUCAAUGGAGGUGACAUUGCGGUCUUUGCAUCACGAGCAGGUCAUGGUGUUUGCUGGCACCCCCAGUGCUUUGUGUGCAGCAUGUGUGAUGAGCUGCUGGUGGAUCUGAUCUACUUCUACCAGGACGGGAAGAUCUUCUGCGGUCGCCAUCAUGCAGAGAGACUCAAACCCCGCUGUUCAGCCUGUGAUGAGAUUAUUUUAGCAGACGAGUGCACAGAGGCCGAGGGCAGGCACUGGCACAUGAAGCACUUCUGCUGUUUCGAGUGCGAGACAGUUCUGGGCGGCCAGCGCUACAUCAUGAAGGAGGGUCGGCCCUACUGUUGCACCUGCUUCGAGUCCUUGUAUGCCGAAUACUGCGACUCCUGCGGGGAACACAUCGGUAUUGACCAGGGCCAGAUGACGUAUGAUGGUCAGCACUGGCAUGCCACAGAGGCUUGUUUCAGCUGUGCUCGCUGUAAGAAGUCUCUGCUCGGUCGUCCUUUUCUACCCAAGCAGGGUCAGAUCUUCUGCUCUCGGGCUUGUAGUGUCGGCGAUGACCAAAACGGCUCUGAUUCCUCAGAUUCUGCAUUUCAGAGCGCCCGUUCACGUGAAGCCCGUCGCAGCAGCUCCAAAUCCAACAAGAGCAGUACUGGAGGAAGUGGAGGAGAUGGACACCAGAGUGGGAAAGCUUCAGCUAUGCGUUUCUCUGCUGAUGUUGACCCACUGUCUCUGCAAAUGGAUUUGCUCAGUCUGUCCAGUCAAACUCCUAGCUUAAAUCGAGAAUCUCCAUCCUGGAAGACGCAGGCUGAGAUGUUUGGAUAUGAGGGUCGUAAUGAACUCUCCACAAAUCCUCUUCAUUUGCUCAGUCAGUGCAACAUUCGGACUUCCUAUUCCUCAAAUCUGUCCCCUGGUCACCUAUCAGAUCCAAGGCCCAAGGAGCCUGCGUCUUCUAAGAGACCCCCUGUAUCUGCUCUAAAAGGGAAGUCUUUGAAUGAGAACUGGUUCCAGCAGGGACCAGAGGACUAUUAUCCACCUGCACUGCGAACCCAAGCGAGCUUUAACGAGGUUCCACACAACAGCUUCAUGGAUAAGCGCUCUGUAAGUCUGCAUGUGUUCCAGAGGGAGAAGGAAAAGGAUGUUGGGCCACAGAUGAGCCGCAGCAGGAACCCCAUCAGUGCACUUGGCUUUAGUGAACAGCUCACACCACUGGAACAAACACCACGCGGCUCUAUGGAGUCACUGGCUCUAUCUAAUGCUACAGGCACCUCUGCAGAUGGCGGCAGUAAAAGGCAGGAGCACUUGUCUCGCUUCUCAAUGCCGGACUUGAGUAAAGAUUCUGGCAUGAACGUGUCUGAAAAGAGCAACAUGGGCACCCUCAACUCCUCUGUGCAGUUCCACAGCUCUGAAUCUCUGCGCAGCCUGAACUCGGCUCAGCCCUACCUGGAGCUCGAAGCUCCGGUCCAAGUCAGGUUUCCUGUGCAAUACCCCCGAGAACCUUCUGGAAUUAAUGCUUUGCCGCCUGGUUUUGCCUAUCAGGAGGAAGAUCGCGUAAGUUUGGUUAGCAACGCCAAUAAUGCUCGUCUACCACCAAUGAGCGAACGCACCCGCCGUCGUAGUAUAGAUCACGAAGAGCCACGCAGACGACACCACCACCAUCGCUCCCGCCGCUCCAGGCGAUCCCGUUCAGACAAUGCACUCAACUUAGUCGCUGAACGCCGCCCAGCUCCGAAACGAUCUCAACUUCAUGCUCGUGAGGAUUACGACCAGUUCCCUCUUCCCCGUGGAUCUCGGGACACUUACGGAAGUGGCAGACUGAGGCAACAGCCUUUCAGACCUUGCCCUCGAACAACCUCUGACCUCACGCUUCAAAACCCCGCUCUCCACCGACACCAGGGUCCUUAUUCGUGGGAUCAGUAUGAUUACAAUGACGACUGGUGCUCCACAUGUUCCUCAUCUUCCGAGUCAGAAGAUGAAGGGUAUUUUCUGGGUGAGCCAAUUCCCAGACCCAUCCAACUGAGGCACAUGACUAGCGAAGAGCUGCUACGCAAAUACAACUCUUCAGGACUCGGAGCAUCCGGUCAAUUCGGCAGUCGAGGACAGUUACAUAUGCGCAAACGUAGGAAGAGCAAGAACUGCAUUAUAUCUUGAAAGUCACAACUGCUGCUGAGUCCUGCACAACAUUGCACAAGAUUUUCUUCUCCGUCAAUAUAGUUCGAAAGGCUUUUCAGUGUUGUGAGGUUACCAGUGAAUAAUACGCAGUAAAUUAAUUUGCUCACGGCUCAAUUGCAUAUGCAUGCUUCCCAUGUGAUAUUUACAAAUGAAUCUGGAUGUUACACUUUUAUUUUUAAGGACUUCUUCAAUCUGCAGCACUGUUGCCGCAUUCGUUACAGCUAAUGUGCAAUUUUUUCUAUGUAAUCCAUUCAGGCACAGUGAUGUUUUUUUGUAUGGUGUUCGCUUUGGGUUUAAUGCCCCUUAAUAAGAUGUAUAUACGCAAAUUAAUGAAGAAAUACACUAAGUUAAGGAUGUAAUGUAAAUUAUCUGUAAAUGAUGUACCACAUAUUUUUAUAUUUUGUAUCAAUAGAAUCAUUUAUGUACUAAACAUACUGUAGAGAACAUAGUAAAGGCAUGCACGUUCAUUUGCUGAUUUUUUUUUUUUUUUGUCCUGUAUCAAAAAUUAAAGAGUAUUUCUGUGAGAGAUGUGA